GUCACGUGACGCUUACAUCAAAAACAAAUGAAUACAACAGUUUCAACGUUUACUGAAUCAUUUAAGUAUUUUAAAAUCAGUAACAUUGAACUAGUUCUGUCACAUACGUUUUGCAUUUGUUUGAAAACACGCUAAUAAAUUUUGUAAAGUGAUCAAAGAUUCGCGACAGGAGUGAAUGGAAUAGCCUGUUGCUACAGCGUUGCUAAGUCACUUGAGCUCUAACUACAAGUGCACACACAAGUUGAAAAGUUUGUCACACUUUCAGUGUUUGAAUGUUUAGUUACGGAAGAACACAGUAGUAUUCAGUUACAUACUACCGAGGAAGUAAUAUACAAUUAUAAACAACACAGUCAGAGUUAGGAUACUGUAUGGAGCUGCAAUAAAACAAAUAUAAAUAACAAAAUAACAACUUUGAAAGUGUGAAAUAUCAAAACUUUGAAGUAAAUAAAGUGCCUAUAAUAAUGGCUCCAGCAUCAGAUUUGGGUCUUGAUCAUGAAACUGAGUUAGAAGUUUUAUUGGCAAAGUUUCCAGAAUUUAGUUGCAUCUGCGAAAUCUGUGAUUGCGGACGUUGCCUUAAGAAUCACAAAUGUAAAAAGAAGAGGAAUGUUCAGAAGCGUGAGGCUCCCUUGGGGAAAACAGACUACCAGACCAAGUUUAGCCAGCCUGGUGUGCCCCGUCCUAGAUCGACUAAGAGACCCCCUCCUACUCCUCGAGAGGUUAUACUGCCCCCUAUGAUGUUUGAUACAAAUCAACGUAGUGAGUUUAAAGGUCACAAAGAUGUUCCUAGAGUAAAGCCAUUCAUCUUGUCUGAUAACUAUGAGACUCCUUCUGACCCAAUAGAUGGCACUACCUACUAUAUGAAAGAAUUUCCUGGAAAAAUGCCUCAGGAUAAUGUCAAAGUAAAGAUUAAUACAGAUUCGACCAGUCGCUACAUGCGUGAUUCUAGUGCGAAGUUUGAUGGAAGAACAACCAAUAAAGAAGAGUUUAAAAAGUAUACCCCACAACAGAAUCUAAGUUUUAAGGAGCUUCCAAGUUUUGCUGGUUCUAUCUUAUACCCAGAGAAGCCAACAGAAAUACAGAGUAACAAUCAGGCAUCUUAUCCAGGAUUUUAUUUGCCAAGGAGGAGUGAAAUUAGACAAACUUCUGGAAACAUUAGAAUUGAAGGUGAUAUGCAUAUGGAAACUACAAACAGAGACAUCUUUAGGGGAGCCCCAGGAUCCAGGGCAAAGUUGAUAGUGCAUAAACCAGAAAUGGGUCGAAACAAUGUUAAACGUGGAAAGUUUGAUGCGCAGACCCAAAUGAAGAGUGACUUUCAGAUGAGAGGAGGUGAACCAGCUGAUGCAGCUAAACCAGCACCUGAAACGAUAAGACUUCGCUUCAAUGAUAAUCACACAUUUUCAACAGAACAGCGAACCAUGUUUAAAGGUGUAGAUGUUGGGAACCAUCCACCAGCUGAACAGAUUAAACUGGUUGACAACUAUGAGCCAUCAACUGACCCAAUGGAGACCAGAACUAAUAACAUGAUGGAUUACAAACCUGUUGACCUCAAGGCUGCACACAAUCCGAGAGUCUCAAUGCCAGCAAGUAAAUCAACAGAGCACAAACCGAAAUUUGAUGGUCAAACUAUGAAUAAUAUCAUGUUCAAAGACCCAAAGGUGAAACAACGAGUGCGUUAUGUUGACUUCCAUGAGGGACACACAUACGUGCCACCAAGUGAUAAAUUCAAUGGGCAUUCCACCACCAAGUCUACUUUUGUUCCACUGAAGGCUGACCCAGUGAUUAAUUACAAACCUGAUCAGAAACCGAUUGUCCGUGAGGGAUCAGUAGACUAUAACACAGUACACAAGAGUACAUACAAGGGACAAAAAGUUCAACUUUGCAAGUCUAAGAUAUACUUGCUGCAGCAGGAACUUAAACGAAGGGAAGCUUUAGAAAAAGCAAAUAAGUCAAAUAAAGCAAAUUCACGUCAGGUAUCAGUAUCAUAAUUAAGUUCUGUAAUACAUCCAUAUAAACCAUGACAUAAUGAAAUAGCAUUUUACAAAUGUGUUUUCACAUGUACUCUGUCACUUGAUAGAAUAGGGACUAUUUUUAAACAGAUCUUAUGUUGCAAUAUAGUAUUAUAGUAUUAUUGUACAUUAUUUUAUCCUCUCAUUCUAAAUAUCAUCAUUCAACAUUCUGAACAUUAUACUAUUAAAAUAAAAAUGCCAAAUGACUGUACAAAAAUGAGACAUCCUGCACUGUACAAUUGACAUGUGCGUUUUAUUGAUAAGUGCUUAUGUAUAAUAGUGCCUAAAUUGCCUGUAUCAUACAAUUUCUAUAUAUAUCUACAUAAACGUUUACUUUGCAUGAUAACCACUGUGCCUUCAAAAUGCCAUAAAUGAGCUUUGGUGUAAAACCAUCUUUGGUUCUUUUUGUAAAUAAGCCUAGCAUUUAAAAGUGACUAGGACUAUUUUCAACAGUAUUAUAAUGAU